CGACCACAUUGUGUACGUACUGCUGCCGGCCAUGGGUUUCUUGACUGUCUUCGCCACGGCCGUUCACUGAGAUGCUGCUUUGCCUGUGCUGUCUAUGGCUCGGUCUAUGCUUGAGCGUGUCGUGCGCACUGUUCGCGUCGCAGGACCGGCAGAACGUCCUCCAGGUGGCUCCUAAUUCGGACAGCCAUGUUGGUAUUUUGGCGACUAUCUCUGAGCGACUCGAUGGAGAAGUAGACCUCGAGAACACAUUGCUUGUAGCGGAGGCGGCGAACGCGGACGUAUGGCGAAUAACCCGCUCCGAGGUCGACCUCUACUUCCCGUCCGUAGAAGAGUAUCUCUCUUCGCCGUUCAACGAUGCUUCUAUUCCCCAUAAUACGACGCGAAUCCCAAUCUCGGAUACCAUCAGACCAACGACACGGUCCUCAUCGUGGGAUCUGACGUCCUUGGCCAACACGACCUUUCACGCAGAGUAUCACCCGUUGUAUGAGAUAGAAGACUUCAUCCAGGCCAUGGCGGACGCGUAUCCCGAUCUAGUGCAGGUGGUGAACAUCGGGCACUCCGCGGAGGGUCGGGAGAUGGCUGCUAUGCGGAUCUCGAAGCCCGGCAAGAAGGCGAAGGUGAAGCCAGGCUUCGUCUUGACGGGCGCGCAGCAUGCCAGAGAGUGGGUCGCAACGUCAACAGUGCUCUAUCUGACACAUGCCUUGGUGGCGAGUUCGCCUGAGCAGUAUGCAAUGUCCUCCUUGCUGGACCUCUAUGACUUCUACAUAGUUCCUGUGCCGAAUCCCGACGGUUAUGUCUAUACCUGGGAGCAUGAUCGUUUUUGGUACAAGAACCGUCAGAUCAUCGGGCCCAACGAGAAGUGUGUAGGCAUAGACAUGAACAGGAACUGGGGCCACAAAUGGAAAGCGAGAGCAGACUUCCCGACUCUCACGGCGAGCAAGAAGCCCAAGACACCAACAGACCCCUGCACGCCGUGGUACCCGGGCCAUCGGGCGUUCGAAUCGCCGGAGGUGAACAACAUCGCGAACUGGAUCACGACGCUCCCCGCGCUCAAGGCAUACCUGGACCUGCGGAGCUACGGGCAGAUGCUGUCGACGCCGUUCGCGUACUCGUGCAAGAAGACGCCGAAAGACGCGGAGGACCAGAUUGAAGCCGCUCAUGGUGCUGCGCGUGCGAUCAAGCUGGCGCAUGGGACGUCGUUCACGACUGGUAGCCUUUGUUCCAUGCUCUACAAAGCACCAGGGAACGUUGUCGACUGGAUGUACGCCAAGGCGGGGAUCAAGUACUCGUACGCCGUCCACUUGCGCGACACCGGCACCGUGCGUCGUCGUUUAUACUCCCUCCUUCCGACGCUGACGUGCUGCAUGACGGUCUGUAGUACGGAUUCGCACUCCCUGCGGAGUGGAUCAGGCCUGUCGGCGAGGAGACGGCGAACAUGGUGCAGUUCCUCGCCGAGUUCAUUAUGUUGACGAAGUAGCUUGGGUCGAUUCAGUGACUGUUCAUGCUUGUACCGCGUUCGGGUUUUGUCGCGAUGUGCUCCAUGCAUCUCAGUUUUGUCGAUCUUUGUUGUACCAUCUAUCUCCUUCGCGUGUAUUGUACUGUCAACAUCUGUAAGGCUAGUCGAUGAUCGCUGAGAAUCGUCUGCUGCUUGACUGGUA